CUUCAACAAGUCAAUUUUCAACAAAAAUUUUCUUCAUUGCCAGAAUUUAGGCCAGAUGGAAUGCACAGUCCAAGUGCAAUAAAUAAGAGUACCUCCACGUUGUCUAAUAAUGUUACUAGUUCACAGAAUUCUCAAAAGGGAAAUGUGAUGACACCAUCGUCAGUAACAGCGCUCUCUAAAGAAGAUACUGGCAAUGCUGACAAUGCAAUAUUAGAAACGCCCAACACACCAUCAAAUAUUAAGUUGACAGGUAAUACAUUUUUUGGGCCUGAUUUUAAUAUUGAAGAAUAUCAGCUACAAUCAGAAAUUGUUGAAGAUGUUGGGUCACCGCGAACUCCAAAAACACCGUGUAGUGCGGUUGUUAGUACUGGAAAAGAAGGUGAUCGUGGUCAUAGAAAGAUACUAGAACAAAGAAGGCUUUUAGUCAUGCAAUUAUUCCAAGAACAUGGGUAUUUUCCAUCAACUCAAGCUACAACCUUAUUUCAAUCGAAACAUUCAGAUAUUUUUCCAAGUAAAACAAGUUUGCAACUAAAAAUUCGUGAAGUUAGACAAAAACUGAAAGCUACAUCCACACCUGUUAGUGCAAGUAGCCUAAUGAGUCCACAGCUUCCUUGCGAAACCUCAUUAAAAACAAAUAGUGGUUCACCAAAAUUGUCAUCUGUAAACAUUUGUACAUCAGUACCCAUCUUUAGUAAUGGAAGCUAACACCUGAAAAUUGACUGUGAUAAUUAUUUACCAUGCAUAGAAAUGAGGCAACAUAAUUACGUUUUUAAAUUAAAAAACUACUGUUUUUAUUAGGAGUUGCUUUGUAUCAUGCUUCAUUUCAUUAUUUAUGAUGUCAUGGAUGCGAGAUUACGCAAUUAGUCAGCUACAUAUUGAAAACUAUCAUUAAUUGUUUAUGAAGUUAAUGAAGUAUCAGAUAUGAUAUAUUGUAUACUUAAAUACGUGACAACUAUCGUAUAUUGUUAAAAUGCUUUUGUUAGCACAAUACUAGGCUGAAAUUUUUCUUAAAAAGACGCAAAGAAGUACUAGUAUUAAAAAUCUUUGAUCAUUGUAAAACUUUUUUGUUUUAUCCACAUUUUAUUAGAAUUACAGUAGUUUAAUGUAAAUAAGUACUGCUACUUUAUUUGAAUCAUCUCUUUUUUGUUCUUUUAUUACGAUAUAUAUAAAUGUAAACAUUACAUCAUAGUACAGUCUUUUACAAGUCCUGUUUUUUUCUGAUAAUUACUGUAAAACUUUUAUUGUCUUACAAAAGAUCGUAAAAAAAUAUAAUAAAGAAUUCUUUUAUUAUCUUAA